CAACAACAACAACAACAACAACAACAACAUAAUCAUCAUCAUAAUAAUCAUCAUAAUCAUAACAAACCACAAUUGGCAAAAAUAAUUCAUCGUCCUUUAUUAUUACCAGAUAUUGUACGUAGGUUAACUCAAGCAAGGAAAAAUAAGAUGAGAACCAGACCCGUGACAAGAGCCAAAAAUAAAAAAGAAAAUCAAGAAUUGGACAUGUUCAAAUUAGGAUAUGAUCAAAUGAUCGACUCUCAAAUUAAUAAUUCAACAGCGAUUGAAGAAGCUAAAGCAAGAAAACGUCGUGUCGCUUCAGUCGGUCGACCUUCAAAAAAAUUAAUUUUACCAUCAUCUGGUUCUCAAGUUCCCAGAUCAUCAAAUUCUGGUGAGAAUAAUAAGUCCCCUCGCGGUUCUUCUAUUUGUUCUACUUCAUCAUCAUCAUCAUCUGCUGUUGCAGCAGCAGCUGCUGCAGCUGCUGCAUAUUAUCGUAUGCAACCAUCCAAACGUCGUGAUUCUAUGUCCGUAUCCUCAUCAUUAUCUAUUCCACCAUCAGAACUAAGCGACUUUGAUCUUAAUUCAGAUAAUUUUGGUGAUGAUGAAGACGAUCCGGAUUUCGCGCCUCCGGCAAAGAAACGUAGAUCGGAGGUGCAAAGAGGAUCAAAAACUGUUGGAAGAAAAGAAUCUAACAGUAAGGUAAAAGUUUGUGCCAGUUGUAGAACCAAGAGCACUCCUUGCUGGCGUCCAGGUUGGAGUACAGAUCUUAUGCUAUGCAAUAGUUGCGGGUUACGAUAUAAAAAGACCAAAUGUGUUUGUGUUAAUCCAGAGUGUAGAUAUAUUCCACUCAAGUCCGAAUACAAUGCGAUGUUUAAGAAACCAAAGAAUGGCGAUUCACCUGAUCCGAAACGGUGUUGCAAGUGUCAAACACCUCUAUGAAUGAACUUUAAGUUGUUGGUUGGAUCAAUUUUUAAAAAAGAGAAAAUUUAUACAUAUAUAUUCUAAAAAAAAAAA